GAGUUGUUGUUCAAACUAAACCAGCGUUAGCUUUUACUACGACACUCUACACGCAGGUCGACUCUUCUAAAGACCGAAAUAACUGGAUUAAAGUUUCCCAAAGCUACAGUGAGAUUUUGGCUGCAGUAUUUGGGUUUUUGUGGCCCUGACCUGUGUGUUGGAGACCAUGCGUCAUGACACGUCUACCAGUCGUAGGAAAGGCCAAAGCCCUAAACGUCGCCCCCCAGUGCCAGCGACGCCCCCCUCAACACCCAGGAGGUCUCGGAGAGUGAGUGGCCCCUCAGAUCAGCCACCUGUUGCUCCCAGAAGGAGGAGGUUCAGACCAGGAACCAGAGCCUUAAUGGAGAUUCGCAGAUACCAGAGGAGCACCGAUCUUCUGAUCAGAAAGAAACCAUUUGCUCGCCUGGUUCGUGAGAUUUGCCAAAGUUUUUCCAUACAGACUCUGCGGUGGCAGGUCUUUGCUCUUCUGGCCUUGCAGGAGGCUGCAGAGGCAUUUCUGGUGAUGCUGUUAUCAGAUGCUAACCUGUGUGCCAUCCAUGCCAAGAGGGUCACGCUGUUUCCACGUGACAUUCAGUUGGCCAGGAGGCUCCGUGGGGUGGACAACCUGUAGAAACAGACUGGAAAAGGUCCAGCGACAUAAAGGACAUAGACAUUCUGUGUUCAGAAUUUCAAAAGGUUUUAAUUCUGUCUUAUUGUUUUUUGAGUUAUUAUGAAUAAAUCUUAUUUUGUUA